UCCAAGUGUUUUCAUUUGUUUCUGUUGUUUCCUCACAUUCAUCUGAUCCUGAUCUUCUCUUCCCAACAGGAGUCUCUGUUCGUGGACUCAGUCUUUUUUGAGCUCCUGGUGUGAAAAGCACAAACCUGAGUUGAAAGUUCAAAGGUCAGAGGUGACGACAGAGGGUGAAAAUGUCACUGAAGCCUCUUCUGCUCAUCUGGGGAAUCACUGCAGCCACUGUUGUUGCUGCUCAAGAAUCAUGGAGAAAGGACAACAGGGAGUCUGGCCCUGCUGUCCACCAAUCUGAAGAAAACUACGAGUGGACCACAUGGUUCAACGUUGAUCACCCCGGAGGUCGUGGAGACUACGAGCAGCUGGAGGCCAUUCGCUUCUAUUACCGUGCACGAGUGUGUGAGAAGCCACGGGCAAUCGAGGCCAGAACCACUGAAUGGGUCUCAGCCCGUGACACUGGGGAGACGGUCCAUGCAGACCCGACGGUGGGCUUCUGGUGCCUCAACGAGGAGCAAGGUCCCGAACGCAACUGCUCCAACUAUGCAGUCCGCUUCCUCUGUCCCAAAGUUAUCAGUGUGAACACUCAGGGGACCUGGGGCCCCUGGUCAGACUGGAGCCCAUGCCCCGCCUCCUGUGGUGAAGUGAGGGUCCAGCUACGCUCCAGAAACUGCCAGUCUCACUCUGUGACUUGCAGUGGCGCUAAAGUAGAAGAGAAAAUAUGCAAUGGACCUGAGUGCCCAAAGACAGAUUGUUCCCUGCAGUGUGUGGUGGGGAAGGUGAAUGCUGAGUGUGACGCAUGCAUGUGUGAGGAGCACAUCCUGUUGGGUUCAGUACGCGGGGCUGGGGGUCUCAUCGCUGAAGGAGCUACGAUCCUUCGCGAUGGAAAGCUCCUCACCCUGACUGACCACAACGGACAUUUCCGCAUCCCCGGCGUCUGCCCUGACGGCAACACCACGCUGACGGUCAGCCUGCAGGGUCAUGUCGCCCAUAACAUUGUUGUGCCCUACAGCUCUAAGCGCACUUCUGUCCUCAGCAUCCAGCUGAAGAGAAUAGAGAAGCUUCAUGUGUUGAGCAAACCCGACAGCAAGGUCAGGAGGCAGGGACAAACUGCUGCCUUCUGCUGCAAGGUGGCCGGAACACCACAGCCAGACAAGUACCAAUGGUUCCAUAACGACAGUCUCCUGGAGAGGCAGACUGGGAGCACCUUGGUCCUGAAGGAUCUGCAUCUUGAGCAGACUGGGGAGUACUACUGCCGAGCAAGUGGUCCAUCUGGUGCUAUCAAGACCAAACCAGCAACACUCAAGGUCCUAGGUCAAAAUGAGCAUUCAUGUAACCCCAAGCCUCAAUCCCACCUCAUCCGUCUUCCACAUGACUGCCACCAAAACAGCACAGACUCAUUAUAUUACGAUGUGGGCAAGUGCCCUUCAAGUACAUGUUCUGGAAAGCUGGACAAUGGCAUCAGGUGCAAAGACAAAGUGGCUUACUGCUGUGGGGUGGAAAACAUGGAGAAGAGGCAGAUUAAAUGCCAAGGUUACCAACUCCCCACCAUGGUGGUGACUGAGUGCAGCUGCCAGAAAUGUGUGGAAACCAAGUCUAUUGUGCACGGUCGGGCCAUUGCGGCAGAUAAUGGUGAGCCAAUGAGGUUUGGCCAUAUCUUUAUGAAUGGAGUCAGAAUCAGUCGCACGGGCUACAAAGGUACCUUCUCCAUCCAGGUCUCUCCAGACACAGAGAGGCUAGUCCUGACUUUUGUGGACAACAUGCAGAAAUUUGUCAACAGCACAAAGGUACUUCCAUUUAACACCAAAGGAGGGGCUGUUUACCAUGAGAUCAAACUUCUUAGAAAGAAAGCACCGGUCACGAUCAGCUCAAUAGAAACCAACACUUUGGAGCUUGGGGAGGUGGAGGGCCAAGAGGCAAUGGUUCAAAUCCAGAUUCCACCCAAUUCCUUUUACAAGGAGAAUGGUGAAGCCUUCACGGGUAAUGUCAACGCUAGUAUAACAUUCCUCGACCCAAGAGACGUCUCCACAGCUGCUGCAGCUCAAAGUGAUCUCAAUUUUGUAGGAAGUGAAGGAGAUACCUUACCUCUAAGAACCUAUGGUAUGUUCUCAGUUGACUUCAGGGGUGAGGAAAACAAUGAGCCCCUGAAUGCGGGCGAGGUGAAAGUGUUCCUUGAUUCUGCUCAGGUGAAGAUGUCUGAGCACCUGAACACCAUGAAGCUGUGGUCACUGAACCCUGAUACUGGCCUGUGGGAGGAGGAGGGAAGUCUGCAGGUGGAGAAGAAAAGAAGAGGCAAAAGGGAGGAGAGGACAUUUUUGAUUGGUAACAUGGAGAUCAGAGAGAGACGGCUGUUCAACCUGGAUGUCCCAGAGAACCGCAGGUGUUACGUGAAAGUGAGGGCCUUCCGCAGUGAUCGCUUCAUGACCAGUGAGCAGGUGGAAGGAGUUGUGGUGAGUCUCAUAAACAUGGAGCCGACAGCUGGCUACUCCUCGAACCCACGUGCCUGGGGACGAUUCGAUAGUGUCAUCACUGGCUCGAACGGUGCCUGUCUUCCUGCCUUCUGUGAUGAGCAAAAAGCUGAUGCAUACUCUGCCUAUGUCAUGGCCAAUCUUGGAGGGGAGGAGCUGGAGGCUGUCCCUUCUGCUCCCAAACUCAAUCCCAACCUCAUCGGAGUGCCCCAGCCGUACCUGGAUAAACUGAACUACAGGCGGACCGACCACGAAGACCCACGAGUUAAGAAAACAGCUUUCAGCAUCAACGUGGCAAAGCCCAGUCCCAACGCAGCCGAGGAAGGCAACGGACCAGUGUACCAAUUUGAGAAAUUGAAAGACUGUGAGGAAGCUCCUUUCAGUGCAGCACACUUCCGUUUCUCAAGAGUGGAGGGAGACCGCUAUGAUUACAACACUGUGCCGUUCAAUGAAGACGAUCCAAUGAGCUGGACUGAGGACUACCUGAGCUGGUGGCCCAAGCCCAUGGAAUACCGGGCCUGCUAUGUUAAGGUUAAAAUCACCAGUCCACAUGAGAUCAAUGUGCGGUCCCGCAACAUGGGUGGCACCCAUCCCAAGACAGUGGGCCAGCUGUAUGGCCUCCGCGACACCCGCAGCAUCCGCGACAUGGACCAGAACACUGUCUCAGCUGUGUGCUUGGAGUUCAAGUGCAGCGGGAUGCUGUACGAUCAGGAACGUGUUGACCGAACCCUGGUGAAAGUGAUCCCACAAGGAAGCUGUAAGAGAGACCUUGUCAACACAAUGCUUCAGGAGUAUCUGGUCAACCACCUGCCCCUUGCCGUCAACAAUGACACCAAUGAGUUUACUAUGCUGGCGCCUCUUGACCCUCUGGGUCAUAACUAUGGAAUUUAUACAGUGACAGACCAGGAUCCCCGCACAGCUAAAGAAAUCGCACUUGGACGCUGCUUCGAUGGCACCUCUGAUGGCACGUCUCGUGUCAUGAAGAGCAAUGAGGGUGUGGCUCUGUCGUUCACCUGUGGAGAUCGUGAGGCGACACACCAGAAUGCUUUCCAGUCCUCGCAGAGCUCUAGGGGUCAGACAGUGACAAGUGUGGUGAGAGGCGACGGCAGGCAGAACCGGCGCCGGCAGAGAGCCAAUGCACCUCGCAGCAGUCGUAGACGUAGCACCAGAAACCCAACAGGAAAACGUGCAGAGGCCAAAAACUGAACACUGAAGGUCAACAUGGUGACCAAAUGAUUACCUCCAACAGAUGGAGGACAGUGUGAACCUUCUGCUUUGAUACGUUUUUUUUAAUGGCUUGUAUUUUUUUCCCCACGUUUCUAAACAAAUAGGCCUUGAUUUCUUGCAUCGGCCCAAUACUGUUCUACAUUAUAUUUGUUUGAUUUUCAACUGUACUGUGGUAAAUAUUUACUUGAAACUGUAAAUAGAGUAUUUAUUACAUGUGCCUUAUAAAC